UGCCUUACAUCUUAAGAACCGAUAUCAUAAUAACGGUAUACCUUCAAUUGACCAUCAUCACUUUUGCGAAGAAAAGGAACGUUUUCCGCAGCAUGAUCACUACCCUGAUUAAGAAGAAACUGUCCUGCUAAAGAAUCACAACACAUUUUAUUCAUCUGAAAUAGGGGUUUCUAUCUUUUAUACGUGAGCUAAUAUCAUGAACGAAUUAUUUUGUAAAGAUUCUUUGCAAUAUCUCCCCACAUACGCCGAACUUGCAGAUCUUCGAUCCACUUUUAUCGCCAACUGUGUCCUCAACAUUUGUCUAACUUACACCUCCAUCAUUUUGAAUAUUGUGACAAUCUAUGCCAUACGCAAAACCUGGACGAUGGCAAAAACUUUAAAAACUCUGCUGCUGAGUCUUGCCUGCUCUGAUGUCGCGGUUGGUUUGUUUACUCAAACAUUAUACAGUUUCCUUUUGGUCAAAUGGCUACAACUGGACAAUCCUGGCUGUAACACUCAGCAAAUGUGGAGUAUUUCGAGUGUUUUAUUUUCAGCUGUCUCGUUCCUUGGUGUUGUGGCUGUAAGUGUAGACAGGUUCUUAGCUGUUCAUCUUCAUCUCAGAUACCAAGAGCUUGUCACUCACAAGCGUGUUGUUAUUGUGGUGAUCGGCAUAUGGGUGUUUAGUGCAUUUUGUUCUUUGAUGAUAUUGUGGGUGCCAUUCAGUAAUAACUAUCUUAUUCAAUUAUUUUCUAUGUCUUUCAUCUUCAUUCUGACAUUUUUGGUGUACAUCAGGAUAUAUUUAACUGUCCGACACCAUAGGAAUCUGAUUCACUCCUUGCAAAUACGAGACGAAGCUCGGUCCGAUGAAAUGAAAAACUUUGCUGUUCUCAUUAAAACAACAAUUGGAAUAUUCUUCGUAUUUAUCGUGUUUUUAAUUUGUUAUUUGCCUGUUUUCAUUUGCAUGGCUGCUAUUGGAAUCUAUGGCUUGAAAUCCGCUUUGAAAAAACUCCUCCUUUUCUCAUUGACUCUUGUAUAUCUAAAUUCCUCUUUGAACCCUGUCAUUUACUGCUGGAAGAUGAGACAAAUUCGACACGCUGUCAUGGGCAUACUGUGGAAGGUGUAUCGGAGAAGAAACCAGCCUUCUCACGUAAUUUACAAUCGGCGAUGGAGCGUCGUCUAGGUUGAUAACUGAUCCACUCUGUGUGGCCUACAGGGACUAUGCGCAGU